AUGCAGCUUGGGAUUACUUUGGAAUAACAAAAGUGAGUCAAUAUUACGAGAAAACCAGGCCGUGGUUUCACAAGCCUGAUGGGAUAGCUAUCAUAGUUGUGACAUGUAUACUGGCUUUGUUCUUCCUAGCACUGCUCACGUUCUUCAUUAUCCGCUACUGUUGUUUCAGGAAAAG